AUGGCAGCAUUACCCAAGAGAAUUAUCAAAGAAACUGAAAGGUUAGUGAGCGAUCCGGUCCCCGGAAUCACUGCAGAACCACAUGAGGAUAAUUUACGUUAUUUCCAAGUGACGAUAGAGGGUCCGCAGCAAAGUCCCUAUGAAAAUGGGGUCUUCCAACUAGAAUUGUUCCUACCGGAUGAUUAUCCAAUGGAAGCACCAAAGGUAAGGUUUUUGACAAAAAUAUACCAUCCCAAUAUCGAUCGGUUAGGUAGAAUAUGUCUCGAUGUUUUGAAAAAUAAUUGGUCACCUGCCCUUCAAAUCAGAACAGUACUUUUGUCCGUGCAAGCCUUGCUUGCAUCUCCGAAUCCGAAUGAUCCGUUAGCUAAUGACGUCGCUGAGGAAUGGAUCAAGCAUGAAGAUACCGCAAUUGCAAAGGCAAAAGAAUGGACCAAACUUUACGCCAAACCUACUCAGGAUGAGGAACCAGCAAAAGAAUAA